CCUGUAAGAGACGGCCCAGAGCCUGCAGUGAACCUGUCGCUCCUGUUAGUGAGGGACCGGGGCGUUGCACUGUAUGCAGGUCCUGUCGCGGUUUCCACACAGAGAUGGCCGAAUAUAGCCACACGGGUAUAUUAACGGCUCUGUUGCUGUUUACGGCCGUGACGGUGAGAGAUAUUUAUCUUGGCCGGACUGCGACGGAGCAGCUGGAGCAGCAGGCCGCGAAGAGCAGCAUGGCCUCCAACGGCUUCCCGGAGCCGGAGAGCAGCUCACCCAGGCAGAACAAACCCAAAUUCUACACAGGACCGGUGCUGAAGUUCCAGUACUGUAUUUCCUGAGGGUACAGUAAGGUGUUCCAGGAGUACUCCCGGUCUAUCAGCCAGCUGUACCCGGACAUCCGAAUCGAGGGAGGAAAUUACCCUCCCAAACUCCUCAACAAAUACAUUGCAAAUUUCAUCUCCUACUUUAAACUGCUCGCCAUUGCCCUGAUCGUCACGGGACAGAAUCCUUUCCAAAUGCUUGGAACGGACACGCCAAGAGUUUGGUCCUGGGGUCAAGAAAAUAAGAUAUUCUCAUGUCUCAUGGUGUUUUUCCUCAGUAACAUGUUGGAGACCCAGUUCCUGUCUACAGGAGCAUUUGAAAUAACGUUAAAUGACGUUCCCAUUUGGUCAAAGCUGCAGUCAGGGUAUGUACCGAACAUCCAGGAGCUCUUCCAGAUCCUGGACAACCACCUCAAGAUGAAUCAGGUCGACAACCUCAAAUUCGCCUCGGCGUAGCACUGCUGUUCAGGCUGAGAGAGACAGAGAGAGAGGUCUCUGGAGCUGUUUUUCUGGACAGAGGGACCGUGGACUGUGGCUUAAUGAAGGCCUGUACUGCAAACAGCUUGCUGUGGGUGCAGACUGGAUGUUCCUGCCACCACACACACUUCCUCUAGCCAGCGACACACUCCUCCAGGCUCACUUCCAUCUCUACCGGGCAGCGUGCUAUAUCUGCAUCCGUAGUGUGAAAGUCCUUCAUGAACCCGACGCACCAAACUUUUAUUUUACCGAUGCUGAAAUUUAGAGAUACAUGAGCAAAUAUGACCAAAUCACGUUGGGGUCAGGAAAGUGUCAUGAAAUGCCCCACAUGUUUGAAUGAUGUUGGAUAAGUUUGCUGUGCGGCGCUGCUGUAAAACUGUAAUUAUGUACACAGGUUGUUUCACAUAUCUAUGUAAAACUGAUUUUUCAGGGUAAAGGAAAUGUUCGUGCUGAUGUGCAAUUCGUUUACUUAACGCUCCACUUCGGUUAGAUUCAUCAGGAGGUGUAAUUCCAUGUCCCUUUGGCAGAGCUGAUGAGGACGUGGUUUUAGGGGGAAACGUGUUAUCUGUCGGGGUCUGCGGGCUCAUCCUUCCUCUUAAUUCUUCAGGCUUUUUGUAGCAAUGUCGAGCUGCCUGUUUAGAAAGGUCUUCAGAGUGAACCACCGUCUUAAUCAGAACAGUUGCACAUCACAGAUUAGGUAGAAAUGGUACUUUUGAUUUCCACAAUCUCUCGGUUUCACUCCUAAUAGGCGAGCUAAUGAGAAACCUCUUCUCUUUUAAUCUAUCUUAUUCAUGAAAUUGUAACCUAGGGGACAUUUUGAUGGACUUUAGCUCGAGAAGAAUGGAAAUUUUACCGUUGUUUCAGAAGAAUAAAGAAUGAUAAAAAUCGA